AACAGCCCAUAUAAAGACACUGUAAAUUCUAUCGUGAUCAUGAGAGAAAUAGAACCUUUGCAAUUUUACCUAUUACAGCCUGAGACAUUCGAGCUUACAGAGGAUUACGCAAUAGGAAAUUUUACAAGCCUGAUAGCUAGCUUCACGUUGGUGCGACGCCUAACUGGUAGCAUCGUGAACACAUUUGCCCCUUCCACUGUCAUAGUUGCUAUGAGUUGGAUCAGUUUCUGGCUGCACGUGGAUGCAGUACCAGCGAGGGUUGCUCUCGGCGUGACAUCACUGCUCACUUUGUGCACUCAGGCUCAACAGUACAAAACGGAGCUCCCACCAGUGAACUACAUAAUAGCGAUGGAUAUUUGGCUGUUCAUUUGUAUAAUCAUGGUAUUCUCAACCCUUCUUGAAUUUGCUGUAGCUUAUAAUCUUCUACGAAGAAAAUGCAAAGAAUGUCGUGAAAAAUUGUUGAUAAAGAAAUCUGAAAAGCCAAUGUCAAAUACGCGGAAUCAUACAGAUUUUAAGAAAAUUAAUUCGUGGAUCAAAGGCGAAGACAAUCAAAUUAAAUUCGUGAACAUAAGAAAAAAUUCUUUUUUUCGUGAAGAAACGAAUAAUGAGUGCACUAAAUGUGCAUCUUUUCAACAAUCAGCACAUCGUGUUGAUAAAUUGUGCAGAAGACUUUUUCCAGGAUUUUUCUUAACGUUUGCAAUUGUGUAUUGGAUUUAUUAUAUGAGGAUUCAUCGAAAUCAAAUGUUAUAUCUUUAA